AUGGGGAUCAUUGUCUUUGGCGUUGUUUCUCUUGUUACAGUCCAUGUUUCACUUGUCCUCUGGCUGCUUCCUGGAGGAGAGGGCUUCUCUACUGGACAUCCGGUCUUCUCUGGUUUGCUUGGACUAGCCAAGCUUCGAUAUCUCGAUUUCAGUAACAGUGCAUGGGGACGGGGGUUCCCAGAAUUUAUUGGGCAAAUUGUUUCACUAGAAGUCUUAGUUCUCGACGGUAACCACAUGACCGGAGGUCUUCCAAGCGCAGGUACAGACACAUUGCAGCUAUUGAGAAUGAGCAUGUAUUGGAAUAGCUUGAACGGAAGCCUCCCGGCAUCGCUAUUUGCACUUCCUCACCUAAAGAUCCUAGAUCUCUCCCUUAAUGACUUCGAUGGGCAUAUUCCAAUAAGCUCAUUCUCGGGUCCAAUGUCACUUGAAGUCCUAGAUCUCAGUUUUAAUCGCCUCAACGGAACUCUCUCAGCCUUUAAAAACAUCAGGAACUUGCAUUUGGUUAGCAACCUAUUCAGCGGAUCCCUCCCUGUGUCAAUAUUUUCACUUCCUCAUCUGAAGUUCCUAGAUCUCUCAUAUAAUGAAUUCGAGGGAGAUUUCCCUAUUCAUUUAUCUUCGGAACCAGUUCCACUUGAAGUCUUACAUCUUGAACAUAAUAAGCUGAGUGGAGCUCUUCCGAAUGUACAAGCAUUUGAAAUCCUCAAGAACCUACGAGAGUUGUAUUUGAGUUCCAACCAAUUCAGCGGAAACAUUCCAAAAUUCUUGUUCUCGCUUCCACAUAUCGAACGGUUGAACCUCUCGACGAAUUUGCUCGGAGGACAAAUUCUUAUAAAUUCAUCUUCGGAUCUUUCAUUGUCCCUUAAGAGUCUUCGGUUUUCCCAAAAUAAUUUGAGUGGUAAACUUUCUUUCAUUUGGCUUCAAAACCUCACAAAGCUAGAAGAGAUAGACCUUUCAGGCAAUGGUAACCUAGUUAUUGACAUCAAUAUUCCUGGAUGGACACCUUCAUUCCAAUUGAAACAGUUAGUGCUCUCUGGCUGUGACCUUAACAAGAACAUUAUUGCAGAACCACAUUUUUUACUCACACAGCAUCAUUUAGAGGUGCUUGAUUUGUCCAGCAAUAACUUGUCAGGCAGCAUGCCCAAUUGGUUGUUUACAGAGGAAACAAAACUACAACAACUAUAUCUUGGGAAUAACUCGUUAACUGGAUCGCUAGACCCAAUAUGGCAUGCCCAAUCUUUCCUCACGGAUAUCAACAUAGCCAUGAACCAUAUCACAGGACAGUUGCCGGCCAACCUCAGCUCAAUGUUUCCAAAUUUGUCUGAUCUAGAUUUGUCUAGUAACGACUUGUUUGGGCACAUACCAACGCCAAUGUGUGAGAUCAGCUCCAUGACAUUUUUAGACCUAUCAAACAACAAACUUUCUGGGGAGGUUCCAGCUUGUGUUUUUACUAAUUAUCCCGGGCUAUCCACCUUGAAGGUCUCGAACAACAGGCUUGGUGGUCCGAUUUUUGGUGGGAUGAAUAAUCUGUCCAAUAUAAAGAAAUUGUGCUUGGAUGGUAACAAAUUUACAGGGACAUUGCCUCGUGAUCUGGCAGCAUAUUCUCUAAAUGUCAUUGAUUUGCAUGAUAACGAGCUGUCUGGCGAACUCGAUACAUCAUUUUGGAGUAUGUCUUCUUUGGUGGCCCUGAAUCUUGCUGACAACCAUAUAACAGGCAAAUUUGAUCAACACAUCUGUGACUUCACAAGAAUUCGCCUUUUAGAUCUGUCGCGCAACAACCUUACAGGGUCUGUACCAGACAGUUGCUUCAUAGUGCUGAAUUUUCUUAAACUUACAGGGAACUCUUUAUCUGGCGAUAUGUCUUUUGCCCUUUUCAACACAUCAAGUCUAAUUGCUUUGGAUAUCAGACACAAUCAGUUCACGGGCAACCUAAAUUGGGUACAUUAUCUUGACAACAUUAGGCUACUUUUGUUGGGCGGAAAUAAGUUUGAAGGGCAGAUCACUCCAAACCUGUGCAGACUCAUGUACUUGAGGAUACUUGAUUUUUCUCAUAACAAGCUUUCAGGCUUGCUACCAGCAUGUAUUGGUAAUAUAUCUUUCAAAGGUGUUACAGAUGAUCAAAUUUUGCAGCCAGUCCUUAUUAGUGGACUUCUUAUUUCUGACAUCCAGGCCGCUUACUAUGACUUAUUAGUAGACUUCACCUUUACUACCAAAGGGAAUCUCUACACGUACGGACGCAGUUUCUUUGUUUCGAUGUCAGGGAUUGACCUGUCUGUAAACAUGCUGGAUGGAGAAAUUCCUUGGGAGCUUGGAAAUCUGAGCCAUAUCAAAUCCCUGAACCUGUCCAACAAUUUAUUUGUUGGUCCAAUCCCAAUGACCUUUGGCGGCAUGGAGGAAAUAGAAAGCUUGGACCUCUCCCACAAUGAGCUGAGCGGACCAAUACCUUGGCAGUUAACCCAGUUAUCAUCAUUGGGGGCAUUCUCUGUGGCAUACAACAACUUGUCAGGAUGCAUACCAAACUAUGGACAGCUCAGCUCAUUCAACAUGGACAGCUACCUAGCCAACACCAACCUUCACAACAUUACUCAGGGGAAUACCUGUGCUGCUCCCGGUCUAGAUCCUGCUGCGGGGAAAGAUGUGGAAGAGACACCCAGUGACCCAGUUCUAUAUGUGGUCACAGCUGCUGGCUUUGUGUUGGCAUUUUGGGCCACUAUUGGAUUCUCGUUUUGCCAUCCUUACGGAAGAUCUGUAAUGCUCAAGUUGUAG